UCAUGCAAGCAGUCCCUGAAAGUGUUGAAUAAACGAACGCACCAGCUAACCGUUGAAAAUUUGGAUUUGAGCGCGAAUUCGUUUCAACCUUUCAACGGUUUCAGUCACUGAUCUCUAUUGUGGAGAUCAGUGGUUUCACUCUUUCAUUGCUUCUGCUUAGGUUGACAGGUAAUCACGACAGAAUGCAUAUCGAACAGAUCACCUUGGAGGGCUUCCUCAGCUACAAGAACAAGACUGUACUGGACCAACUUUCACCGCGCAUUAAUGUCAUCAUUGGAGAGAAUGGCUCUGGAAAAAGCAACCUGCUGUAUGCCAUCGAGACCUUGGUGUCCCAAGAGGCCGACUCGCUGACUCAGCAACAGCGAGCCAAACUGCUCAGCGAAGGAAGGCAGAGAAGCGGCGCGAUGGUGGCAGUGCGGUUGAACAAUGCCCUCAGACGCUGUGCACUUCCUCGUGACGUCAUCGACAUCACAAGGACCCUGACGCAGUCCCACACCAUCCUCAAACUGAAUUCAACAAUUGUCAGUAAGAGUGAAGUGGUGGAGUACCUGCACACCGCUGGAUUCUCGAGCGAGAACAAGUUCCACAUUGUGAGGCAAGGGCAGCUCCAAGAAGUGGCGCACAUGUCAGGAGAAGCUCUGAUCCGGCUCAUCGGUCAGUUUGCGGGCUCACACACAUGGAGCAUGGCGAGGAAGCUGAGCUUGGACUGCGCGCAGUACGGCGACCAAGACAAAAGCCGCGCGCUCGACUCCCUGGGAGAGUUGGAGCGGUCUAUCGACAAGCUCAAACAGGAGAGGCAAAGUGCGUGCCUCUACCGCCGUUGUGAGCUCGAGUGCAAGACCAUUAACUUGGUUAUUCAAGAAAAGGACUUGGGGAUACUCAAGAAAAGACUGUCAACUAUUGAUGCAAAGGCCGAAGAGAUCCUGCCCAAGUACCACACUGUCAAGGAGAACUACCUGCGCAUUCACGGUGCAAUCAAGGAGCAAACACAGCGGCUCAGGGAGCUCAAGCAAGCCGCCCAGGCAAGGAAGUCGGCACUGUCCGAACUGGAGGAAGCUCUGCUCGCCUGCAAGGCGAAGAUCAUCAAGGAGAGGCUGUCCCGAGAGCGCUGCUUGGAGCAGGAAAGCGCCGCCAAAGAGGAACUCGCACUGCUUGCCGGGAAAGAGGCGGAGAUUGCGCAGAUGGAGGUGGCGCUUGGCAACCAGCUCGGCGAGGUACGCGAGGCGCUGAGCGACGUCGAAGAGGAACAGGCUCGCCUGAAUCGCAGGCUGGGAGAGAUCGUCGAACAGCGAGACUCGGCACUGAAGCGACGAAUUCGCGGCACGGUGUUCAGCACGACGCGCGAGCGCGACGCGUGGAUCAAAGGCGAGCUAGAACAACUGGACAGGUGCAUCCACGCUGCGCAACAACAGGUGAGGCCUUUUUGCAUCUGA